AUGACCCAACAAAUGGCAGACCAAUUUGGUGCCACAAUAUACUCCCCCCCUCCCAGCUACAUGGACUUGUAUUCUGUAGUACCUAGUGAUGAUUUUAUUCACAAGCAAACUAACAUCAAGGCAACCUCACGCAAUGUCAGUAUUGCAAGGGAGGCCAAUAUUUGUUGCCAAGCACAUACAGUACCUUCCCCUCAACCUGCACAGUCUGCUUCCCCCCUGACCUCUCUUACUGAUGGUCAUGGUGUCACCGUGAGUAGUGAUACAUCUUCGCUCACACUCCCACAUGUGAAUAGUCGCCACUCCUCUCCCUUGCCAGGUGGCAGUGGUGCAAGCAGCAACUCAUCAUCGCUCCCACUUCUGCUUCCAAACAGCCAUCAGACCUCUCCCUUUUCUGCUAGUCCUGUGAGUAGUGAUACCACAUCACUCCCACUGAGCCACCAGUCCUUACCCUUUCUGGGUGAUCCUCCUUCACAACACCCUGCGCACCUCAAUGACCUUUUUUAUGCUCAUUCAAGCACACAGCCUCCAUGGCCAGGUCAUGAUACCACACACAACUUUAAUUUUAUGAUAGACGACUCAUUUCCCUCUAUGCUGCUCUCAGACCCAGUCAUGGGAAUGACUGCAGCCAGUGGUCAGAAUGAGACGCAGUGGGCCAACCCUCUGCCUCCCCUCAAUCUCAUCCCUCCAACACCAUUGAAGGAUAUUGACAAUACGGCUCUGCAUGGCACCCUAGGCAGUAACACAUUUACCAGGGUGUCUAGUCAACAAUUGGACUUAAGCUACUACCCCUCCAAUGCCCACACUUGA